CAUUUUGCCUCAGUUCUCUUUCGACGAUCGGAGCGUUCGGUUCAGCGGACGGAUGGUUAUCGCUCGAAAAUAAAUCCAAAAUAAAGUCUCGCGAACUCUAAUUGCACCUUUCAAACGGCAAUUAAUCAAUGAAGAAAAUACACAACAAAUGUAUAUAUAAAUAUCUUUCUUUUGUGCGCAAGUCGAAAGCAAUAACAAUAGCCGAAGGCAGUCGUGAAUAAAAAGAAGUUUCAUAAAAAUAGCCACCAAGUGGCGUCCUCGAAAAAAGCGACAGAAAAUACAGAAAACGAGUUAUGAAAAUACAAAUUGUGGCCGUGCCAUGUGAGAAUGUGUGUUGAAAAUUGUUAUAAAGAAACAAGAUUUGUCGCUUGUGGUCGUUGUUAUUGUUGCUAUUCCGAUCUGUGAUCGGUGAUCGACAAGCGUCAACUUAAAUUGGAUUUUCGGCGCUCAAAGUAACAAAAACAGAAACACAAUAACAAAAUUUCUAUGAAAAACAUCCAUCCUACACCUUAAAACCUGAGAUAGCGACAACAUUUGGCGCUACAUGAAAUUUUAAUUAAAAAAUCUGUCCAAAAAUAAAGUAAAAAUUACUUGCAGCGACGAAAAAAAGUUUCUAUGAGAAUCGGCGCAAGUAUCUGUGUAUCCGCCAGAUACUCUCUAUCCGUGUGCGCCAGCAUCUCCAGGUGUCCGUGCGCCUGUGUGAGUGUUUGAUGUAAGCAGACGUGAAAUUGGAUUAACUUUGACAGACGUACGGCAGUUUUUAAUUACCACCAAAGAGUUUUUCUUUUUUGGGAUUAACAGCGCAAAGUUGGACCAGCUCCCCCAGCUGGGUGGAAUUGUAUGAAGCAGGAAAUCACCCAGAAAGCAGCUAAAACAACGGAAUGGAAAAAAUGCUAGACCACGCCGUUUGCCGAGCGUUGACGAUUUGACGCUGAGCUGUGUCUGGAAGGAAACGCGACUCGCUUUUCCGGCUCUCGAGGCGCCUCCACGUGGAGUGAGGUGCAAGCGCAGAGAAGGUCAGCAAACAGAGACCCCGAGUUGGGCCAAGUCACACAAAACGAACUAAGCUAAGACGCACAAAAUGAGACACAAUCGACUGAGGGUCCUUGGACUCGGAUUCGGACUCAUCCUCAUCCUCAGCCUGACGUCCUGUCGAGCGGACGGACCGCAGCACAGUCCGGAUCAUGGCAUGGGCAUGGGCGGCAUGGGAAUGGGCGGACACGGCCUGGACGCGAGUCCUGCGCCAGGAUACGGAGUGCCGGCCAUACCCAAAGAUCCCAAUCUGCGCUGCGAGGAGAUCACCAUACCCAUGUGCCGGGGCAUUGGCUACAACAUGACAUCCUUCCCCAACGAAAUGAACCACGAGACCCAGGACGAGGCGGGCCUGGAGGUGCAUCAGUUCUGGCCGCUGGUGGAGAUCAAAUGCUCGCCCGAUCUGAAGUUCUUCCUGUGCAGCAUGUACACGCCGAUCUGUCUGGAGGAUUACCACAAGCCGCUGCCCGUUUGCCGGAGUGUCUGCGAACGAGCCCGGUCGGGAUGUGCACCCAUCAUGCAGCAGUACAGCUUCGAGUGGCCGGAGCGGAUGGCCUGCGAGCACCUGCCGAUCCAUGGUGACCCCGACAACCUGUGCAUGGAGCAACCCUCCUACACGGAGGCGGGCAGUGGCGGCAGUGGAUCUGGAGGAUCGGGUGGCUCUGGCGGCAGUUCCGGUUCCGGCGGCAAGCGGAAGCAGGGAGGCAGUGGCUCGGGCGGUAGCGGUGGUGCCGGCGGAAGCAGCGGCGGAUCAAGCAACUCGAACAAGUGCCGCGGACGCAAUUCAAAAAACUGCCAAAAUCCCCAAGGAGAAAAGGCAAGCGGAAAAGAGUGCAGCUGCUCGUGCCGCUCCCCACUCAUCUUCCUGGGGAAGGAGCAGCUGCUCCAGCAGCAGUCGCAGUCACCAAUGAUGCAUCAUCCACACCACUGGUACAUGAACCUCACUGUCCAAAGGAUCGCCGGCGUACCAAACUGCGGCAUUCCGUGCAAGGGUCCGUUCUUCAGCAACGACGAAAAGGACUUCGCCGGCCUGUGGAUCGCCCUGUGGUCGGGACUAUGCUUCUGCAGCACGCUCAUGACCCUAACCACAUUCAUCAUCGACACGGAAAGGUUUAAGUACCCGGAGCGUCCAAUUGUCUUCUUGUCCGCCUGCUAUUUCAUGGUGGCCGUUGGCUAUUUGUCCAGGAACUUCCUGCAGAACGAGGAGAUCGCCUGCGAUGGCCUGCUCUUGCGGGAGAGCUCCACGGGUCCGCAUUCCUGCACCCUGGUCUUCCUGCUGACCUACUUCUUUGGCAUGGCCUCCUCGAUUUGGUGGGUGAUCCUCAGCUUCACCUGGUUCCUGGCUGCCGGAUUGAAGUGGGGCAAUGAGGCCAUCACCAAGCACUCGCAGUACUUCCACCUGGCCGCCUGGCUAAUACCCACCGUCCAGUCGGUGGCCGUGCUCCUGCUCUCGGCGGUGGAUGGCGAUCCCAUUCUGGGCAUCUGCUAUGUGGGCAACCUGAAUCCCGAUCACCUGAAGACCUUCGUGCUGGCCCCGCUCUUCGUUUACCUGGUGAUCGGCACCACCUUCCUAAUGGCCGGCUUUGUGUCCCUCUUCCGCAUUCGAUCGGUGAUCAAGCAGCAGGGUGGCGUGGGAGCCGGAGUCAAAGCGGAUAAGCUGGAGAAGCUGAUGAUCAGGAUUGGCAUCUUCUCGGUGCUCUACACAGUGCCGGCCACCAUAGUGAUCGGCUGUUAUCUGUACGAGGCGGCCUACUUCGAGGACUGGAUCAAGGCCCUGGCCUGUCCGUGUGCCCAGGUGAAGGGUCCCGGCAAGAAGCCGCUCUACUCCGUGCUGAUGCUCAAGUACUUCAUGGCCCUGGCCGUGGGCAUUACGUCGGGCGUUUGGAUCUGGUCUGGAAAAACGCUGGAGAGCUGGCGUCGCUUCUGGCGGCGACUCUUUGGAGCGCCCGAUCGCACGGGUGCCAAUCAAGCGCUGAUCAAACAGCGUCCACCGAUACCGCAUCCCUAUGCCGGAUCCGGAAUGGGCAUGCCGGUAGGCUCGGCGGCGGGCUCCCUGCUGGCCACGCCCUACACCCAGGCGGGUGGUGCCUCGGUGGCCUCCACCAGCCACCACCAUCUGCACCACCAUGUUCUCAAACAGCCGGCGGCCAGCCACGUAUGA